UGAAAUCACCUUACAAUAGCCCUGAAGGUCAUCGUUCAUCGCAGCAGUCUUCAGUCGCUCGUCGCUCUAAAUAUCAGCCGCAUCAUUGACGUCCGUGACAGUGUCAUUAAUCAGCAAGUGUUGAAUUAACUCAAGUACAUAACUAAUAAUUAAAAAUGGCACGAAAAUUUUUCGUCGGUGGUAACUGGAAAAUGAAUGGCAACAAAAAGGAAAUCAAUGAUAUUGUUGAAUUCCUUAAAGCCGGUCCACUGGAUCCAAAUGUUGAGGUCGUUGUUGGAUGUCCAUCGAUUUACUUGACAUACACCAAGAGUAUUUUACCCAGCAAUGUUUUCAUCAGCGCUCAAAAUACUUACAAAGUUCCCAAGGGAGCAUUUACUGGUGAGAUAAGUCCUGCUAUGCUUGUGGAUAAUGAAAUCCCAUGGGUUAUUUUGGGUCACUCUGAACGUCGCAAUGUUUUCGGUGAAAAUGAUGAAUUGAUCGCUGAAAAAGUAGCUCAUGCUCUUGAAGCUGGUGUCAAGGUCAUCGCUUGCAUUGGAGAAAAAUUGGAAGAACGUGAAGCAAACAAGACUGAAGAAGUUGUCUUUCGGCAAACUAAAGCCAUUGCAGACAAAAUAAAAUCCUGGGACAACGUCGUGCUGGCUUACGAACCAGUUUGGGCUAUUGGUACCGGUAAAACCGCGUCACCACAACAGGCCCAAGAAGUUCAUGAUAAACUUCGUGCGUGGUUCGCCAAAAAUGUCAGUCCAGCGGUGUCUGAAUCUCUGAGAAUUAUUUACGGAGGUUCGGUGACUGCUGACAACGCCAAAGAGUUGGCUAAAGAAAAAGACAUCGAUGGUUUCCUCGUUGGAGGAGCAUCUCUCAAGCCUGACUUUGUAAAAAUCGUCAAUGCUAAACAAUAAUCUCCAAUCAUUAUCAAUAAUCAUCUAUUUAAAUAAUUACAAUUAUCAACCUCAACUGUAUAAAUAAUAGAUUUAUUUUUAUUUAAAAUAAAUUUAAUUUCUCCAUAAUGGAGUUGAAGUUAGAGAGUUGGUAUAUUUUAAAAAUAAUAAAACAACCAGAGUUUAUUGUUGUUGAUAAUGAUAUAUUUAAUUAAUGAUGUAACUAUUCUGACCAAAUAAAGCUUCAAAUGCACAGAUAA